CGUCUAGUCCUCCGACAGAUAUUCCUUUAAAGGCGCAUUUAAAGCUGUGGCUUUAGUCGUAGCAGCAGUGGACAGCCUGUGCAGAAACAAGCUUCUGCUGCAGAGUCGGAGAAGCGACGGUCCGACAUCCCGGAGGACAACAAAACGGAGCCAGGUGCCUGUCAGCGACCCGGCGAGGCUCCACUGCAGGGCUUUACUGAUACAGCCUGGACCAAAGGACCAACAUCUCGGGGACAUUAAUGAAGCUUUCAAUGCCUUUUGAUUAAUCAGCCAAUCGAUGGGGAUUUUUACAGGAGCUCCGCCCACCGUCGCCACCCGCCCUCCUUCCCCCUGCCACUGCAACCUGUUGCUCACCCGCUCCCACAUCAUCACCCAGCGCUCCAUCCAGCCUCCCAAACACAAAAUGACUCUGGAACUCACUGAAUGGUCUUCUAUAUGGAUUUUUACUGCUUGUAAUAGACAGUAAACAAAAAAAAAAGUAGGAAACCUCAAUGACAAAAAAGCCAUAAGCCCCCUAUGCACCCACACACACACUCACACACACACACACAUUCACACCCACUCACAAACACUUUCAGACAUAAGCAACACAUGCAAUCAAUGUCAUACCAACAAACCAAAUAAAAAAUUCAAGCAGUAUCUUGCACACCUUCCGUGCAAACUAAGAAGGACAUGCACAGAGCCGCUGUUGGAAUGUACCACUCACUCUUCCUGUGAAAUACAACUGCUCACCUAUUUUUGGGGGAUUGUGCACAAGCCUCGGAAAGCUGAUUUGCAUUUUUCAACUCUGGGUGGAAAACAAGGAGGAUUAGAUAUGAAGUUGCAGUGAUUAUUUUUUUUUUUUUCUUUUGGAGGACAACUUGCAUGGGGAACAAGUUAUUGCAGAUUUAGUUUAGACUUUUCCCUCUCUAGAUCUUGACAUUUUUAUUCUUGUUAGAUUAUAGUUUAUUCUGGAUUAUUUUAAUAUUCGUAGGCAUUUUUCUUCUGGCUAUUUUAAUAAGUGAACAGGUAACUAUAUUCAGGCCAGUUACUUCCACUGGUUGCAUUUUGUAACAGGAAAAGAUUUAAUUGAACUGCUUUAAGAAAGUUAGUGCUAGACUUUAAAUCAGCUACAGUUUAUCCUCAGACUUGCAGAGUAUUCAUAGUUUUUUUUUUAGUGUGUUAGAGGAGAGUUUUCUUGUUGCUUGCAUGACCUCCGCCAUGCCGCCACAGAACACAGAGGCUGACGCUAUGCAGGUCGGAUCUCUCGGUGGUGGGAUGGGCGCCAAAAAAUCCACCGCAUCAGGGCAGGAGGAUGAGAAAGGGGGAGCAGGCGGCGAGACGGAUGGAUUGGGGGGUGAAGGAGGAGGCCAAGGAGGGGAGGAGUCGGCCAGCGAGGGAUCCAUUGAAGGCAUUCCCUUAAAGAGAUGGGUGAUGCACGGCGCAGUGAUGUUUGGGAGAGAGUUUUGCUACGCCAUGGAGACGGCACUGGUGACACCUGUGCUGCUGCAGAUAGGUCUUCCAGAGCAGUAUUACAGUCUUACAUGGCUGCUCAGUCCAGUUCUGGGCCUCAUGUUCACGCCUCUGAUCGGCUCUGCCAGUGACCGCUGCACUCUGCGCUGGGGCAGGAGGAGGCCAUUCAUCCUGGCUCUCUGCAUAGGAACACUGAUUGGAGUGGCGCUGUUCCUAAACGGGUCAUUGAUAGGUCUGUCUCUUGGGGACGAGGAGGGCAGUCAGCCCAUAGGCAUCGUUCUCACUGUGCUGGGUGUUGUAGUCCUGGACUUUUGUGCAGAUGCCACAGAGGGACCAAUCAGGGCAUACUUACUGGAUGUGGCAGAUACCGAGGAGCAAGACAUGGCAUUGAACAUCCACGCUGCUUCUGCUGGCCUUGGGGGGGCGGUCGGCUACGCUCUCGGAGGGUUAGACUGGACACACACCUUCCUGGGGGAUAUCUUAAAGUCCCAGGAACAGAUCCUAUUUGUGUUUGCUGCCAUCCUGUUCUCCAUCUCUGUGGUUCUUCAUCUCUUGAGCAUCGAGGAGCAGCAAUAUUCACCACAAAGCGACAGGCUGGAUCAGGAGAGUCCCAAUUCCAACCACCUUCGACCAUCAGCCAAUGGCAAGGCUGGAUUUCUUGCACCGAAGCUAGAGAUGAUUGGUGAGGAUGAUACUAUAGAAACCUACGACUUCUAUGAUCAUUAUGGUGACAAUCGUUCAGAGCAAGGAGACAUGGACUUCCUGGAAGUGGAGCUUGUCAGAAGUAAAAGCGACAGUGUUCUCGCCAUGGCAGACGCCACCCUCGACCAUCUGGACCAUGACGCCUUGUUCCUGUGCCACCUGGAGCCGUCCAUCUUUGCCGAGCGCCUCUCUCCUCACCACAGCACUCCGCCGAGAAUCCCGUCCUUCUUCAGUCCCGACCACAGCAGCUCCCGUCCGCGGCUCGCCAGCAUCCGCCGCAGCAGCAGCACCGGCAGCGAAGACCUGCUCCGCCCCCACCACGCCAAUCAUCACACGCACGCUCACACGCCCAGGAUCUCCCGCCUCUCGGCUUUCCUGCAGGAGAUGGAGAAUGACGAUGGGCAGGAGGCGCUGCUGAAUAACCAGCUCAAUGAGCAGCGGACUCUGAACGGGCGGCUUUUGGCCAGCGUGACAAAUGCAGACAUCGGUAGCUCUGACAGGCUGAGCUCUAAAGGACAGGCGCACCGCGCCGGAAUGAUUAAAGCUGCCAGUACCGGAGCUCCCAUGCGACAGCCACGCCGCCAUCACACCUUCUACCGCCAGCCGUCCUGCACUUUCUCUUACUACGGGCGAGUGGGGAGCCACCGUUACCGCUACCGCAGAGCCAACGCCGCUUUCCUCAUCAAGUCGUCACGCAGCAUGAACGACCUGUAUGAAGUGGAGGCCCGGCACAGGAGGAGAAACAGACAGAGGAACAGACACCGCAGCGGGAACACAAACUCCUCCAGCGGAGAUACAGAGAGCGAGGAGGGCGAGGUUGAGACCACCGUCCGGCUGCUGUGGCUCUCCAUGCUGAAGAUGCCUCCUGAGCUGCUGCGGCUCUGCGCCUGUCACCUUCUCACCUGGUUCUCCAUCAUUGCCCAGGCUGUGUUCUUCACUGACUUCAUGGGUCAAGUCAUCUAUGAAGGAGAUCCUACUGCUCCUACUAACUCAACAUUAUUGGAAAAUUACCACCAAGGGGUUCAAAUGGGAUGCUGGGGGCUGGUUAUAUACGCCAUGACCGCUGCUAUCUGCUCAGCUAUUCUUCAGAAGUACCUGGACAAUUUUGACCUGAGCAUCAAAGUAAUUUACAUCCUGGGAACUCUUGGAUUCUCAAUAGGAACUGCUGUAAUGGCGAUCUUCCCUAAUGUGUACGUUGCCAUGGUGAUGAUCAGCAGCAUGGGCAUCAUCUGCAUGAGUAUCUCCUACUGUCCAUAUGCGCUGCUUGGACAGUAUCAUGAAAUGAAAGAGUACAUCAAGCACAGUCCUGGUAACUCCCGCCGAGGCUUUGGGAUUGACUGCGCCAUCUUGUCCUGUCAGGUCUACAUCAGUCAGAUCUUGGUGGCCUCCGCUCUCGGUGCUGUGGUGGAAGCUGUUGGCAGUGUGAGAGUCAUUCCCAUGGUGGCCUCUGGGGGCUCUCUUCUCGGGUUCUUCACUGCCUGCUUCCUUGUCAUUUACCCAACACCAAACAAUGGGGAGGCAGAUUCUACCAAAGCUUCAGAGAAACAGGCCCUGACAACGCUGGAAAACCCGAGCAGCAACGACUGCCCCGUUAGCGUGGUGAUAGAGAAACCUAGCUUCCUGAAGCUCAACAAAGCGGGAAAAGCAGCCACCACCACCACUUCCUGUCAGACGGAGAACGAGUCUGCCCUCUGAUUGGCCUGCAAACAACAACUACAUUGAUUUUGUCGAAAGCGAAUCAUCAGAAGAGACUUUAAUGUGCCUCCAUCUUGGACCAUUUUAGGGGUUUUGCUUUAAAAGGGUUUUUCUGACACUAUUAGUUCAAUCUGCUGUGAAGACCUAUGCUACUUCAGAUCAGCUGCUCCCAGUGCUUCAGAUCCAUCUGCAGAUGCAUCCGAGUCAUCCAGGAAGGAGCAUCAUGCUGGUCUGUUUAUGAUGUGGCUGUUUGGGUCUCUAAGGCCUCAGAGCAGCAGGCUGCAAAGAAAACAUAAGGACACUUUAACACGAACUCUAACACCUCUUCACCUGGGGUCAAACGGACACUUUAACCCAGAACACUGCUGAUGAACAUAAGUCCAUGAAGCUGCAAUCAUAAAAAAAAAAAAAAAAAUGCUGAAAAUUGUUCUUCCUCAGCCUGGAGUCAACUUGAUCAAACUUUUGCUUCGAAAUGCUGAAGCUGAUGCUGUGUUUGUCUCCAGCGGAGGCGUUGCGUUCACCAAAACAUCGCACUCAGCUUUGCGGGACUUUCACUGCGCUCUGCAACAGUAGCUUUAAGACUCUAAAGACUUUUGGAGGAGGUGUUUCUGAUCCUCUGAGCUCAAAGCCUGGUUCCUGGGGAUUAUUUAUCAGUCUCUGCCCCAAGUUGAUUGCAGAUGUUUAGCUUUUGCUCUCUUCCUCAUUACAGAAAUGCUGUUUUUGUCUUUCUCUGUUUAUUGCAUGAGAGCUAUCUUGUUCAGUCAUAUUACCUGUUCAGAAAAAAACAAACAUGUUUAUUGGGUAAAAUUCUACAAAAAAAAAAGAAGAUGCAAGGUAUGCUGUUUACAGGGCAUUACAUAUUAUUCUACUGAAAACUGGGAAUAAUUAAAUUUAUCACAGCAAGGCUACAAAUAGGUUAACAAGUAGACAAGCAAACCAAUUUUUUUAUUUUCCUUUAUGCUGUAAGCAUGUCAGCAAACUUUGCGGAGACAUCUACAGUUUAUUAACUAGUUCAGAAAGAACAAAAGUGUUUAUUUAAAAUCACUUUCCAUAGGUUUAGGAGGCAAACAGCAGAAUGGAGACCAGAGAAAUGCAAACUAACACUGUGUUCUGGUCAAGUUUUGCAUUUAUUUAUCAUGAAUGGGCCAAAUUGGAUGAGUGGAAACAGUCUUUGCUUUCUAAUUGAGGCAUUUUGCGUUGAUGUCUGUUGGAGAAAAGAGCAUCGUUUUAGGCCACUGAGAGUUGGAAGGAGAGAUUGAGUUACAUUGGAAGCGGAAAUUUCUGUAGGUUUAGAGUAAAACAAUUAAGACAUAUUGGUUGAUUAAAAAAGUAAAAUAAGAAAUGACCACUUCAACCUGUUCAACAUUAGAUUAGAUACCUUCUGUAUUUACAGGUACUUUAAAUUUAAUAGACAAUACCUUGCAAAAGUAUUCACCCUUCUUUAACCUUUUAUUUUCGCAGCCUGUCCCGUUAUAUCCUCCGACUCCCAUUUAUUUAACUCUGGCUGUAUCUUUGGAGUCAUCCUGCUGGAACUGUGUGUGAUUUUCAGGUUGGAAAAGAAAGUUUAUUUAACUCCAUCAAGCUUCACUUUAUCAUGGAUGCAAUUGUUUGCACUGGAAAAGCUGAGAAGGUAUGAAACCUUUUGCAAGGAUCUGUAAAUUUAGCAAGUCUGGGCAGAGAUGUGUUUUUCGCUUCUUGAGACAAAGAAAAAGAGAUGUAGGACAAUGAGAGAUGACCGGAUGUGCUUUAUGGAUUGAAUCGUUUAACAUGAGAGCAAUAUAUAUUUCGAUUUAACGCAUGGACACACAACUACAGCAGGGUUCUGGAGCUUUGCAUGCUGCAGCAGCAAUUUGCACGUGUAGAACACCAAAGUAAGACUCUGUACAAAUCGCACAAGCUAUUUUUUCCUUUGUAGUCCCAACAGGUCAUGAGCCUAUUUAAAUGCAUGGUUUGAUGUUAGUGUCUCCUUUUUUUUUAAACAAAAAGUUGCUUGCUCAAACAAAGCAUGCAACUUUUUUUUCUCCUUCAGAUUUACACAAGCAGCAGGUGGCAUUUGUCAUAUUUUUUUUUAAUAGCUGGGAUGUUCAUAGAUGUGGGUUGACCUUUAACAUGAAGCUCCUUUUUUCUGAUGAGACGCAAAAACUUGAAGUGCAAGUUCAGUGUUUCUGCUCCAAUGUAGCAAGAAAGUUUAAGAAGGGGUUUUUCUGCCUUUUAGAUGAAUGUUCAGACAGCACGGUCCUUCCAUUGGCCUGCUGGGAGAUUGAGUUCUUAACCUUUGAUUCCAUCUUGUGACUUAAAAAUGAAUGUUGGCUGAUAUCAGCUGAAAUUCUUGUUUUGGAUGUUUAACUAGCCAGGUUGCUCAGAACUUGCACAUGAGAAGUGAAAUAAAUAAAUAAA